ACUCUCAGCUCUCUCAGUCACCGUGGAUGGUGGCGCCGCCGUACGCCUAAACUUACCGCUCAAUCUCGAACGCCAUGAUAACGUGGAAUAGCGCCCGUGACAUAGUCCUCGACUCGGAUGACGUUCCGUUCGGGACCGGUGAGUGGUACCUCUACGCCGGAAUCUCUUGCCUGCUGGUUUUGUUCGCCGGAAUUAUGUCCGGACUCACGCUAGGAUUGAUGUCACUAAAUCUCGUUGACCUUGAGAUUCUGCAGCGGAGCGGUACCUCUGAUCAGAAAAAGCAAGCCGCUGCAAUUUUACCUGUGGUGAAAAAGCAGCACCAGCUUUUGGUCACUCUGCUUCUCUGCAAUGCUGCUGCCAUGGAGGCUCUUCCUUUGUACCUUGAUGAAAUCUUUCACCCUGUGGUUGCGGUUUUGCUCUCUGUAACCUUUGUUCUGAUUUUCGGGGAGAUUAUUCCACAAGCUGUAUGCUCAAGAUAUGGGCUAUCUGUUGGUUCAAAUUUUGUUUGGCUUGUUCGAAUUCUGAUGAUCAUCUGCUAUCCAAUCGCAUACCCAAUUGGGAAGGUUCUGGAUCUUGCACUCGGACAUGGAGAUGAUUUGUUCAGGCGAGCACAGUUGAAAGCCCUCGUCUCUAUUCAUGGCCUUGAGGCUGGAAAGGGAGGUGAACUAACACACGACGAGACAACGAUCAUCAGUGGAGCUCUAGAUUUAACUGAAAAGACUGCCGAGGAGGCUAUGACACCUAUUGAAUCAACAUUUUCCCUGGAUGUUAAUUCAAAGUUAGACUGGGAAGCAAUUGGGAAAAUUCUUGCACGUGGUCAUAGUAGAGUCCCUGUCUAUUCUGGAAAUCCCAAAAACAUAAUUGGCCUCUUAUUGGUGAAAAGUCUCCUUACAGUACGAGCAGAAACAGAGACUCCAGUUAGUGCAGUUUCCAUUCGCAGAAUGCCUAGGGUUCCAGCCGAUAUGCCUUUGUAUGAUAUACUUAAUGAGUUUCAAAAAGGAAGCAGUCACCUGGCUGCUGUAGUGAAGAUCAAAGGAAAAACCAAGACUCCUCUGCUUGCUGCUGAUAGAGAGAAACGUGAGGAGGCCAGACUAACCAAUGGGUGUGUUGCCAUUGAUGUUGAUAAACGUCCAAGUUCUCUGACAAAUAUGCCAACUGUUCAAGAAAACGAUGGUAUUACAAAUGGUAUUUCACAUUUAUCGGAAGAUAUUGAAGAUGGAGAGGUGAUUGGAAUCAUAACCCUGGAGGAUGUUUUUGAAGAACUUCUGCAAGAGGAAAUUGUUGACGAGACAGAUGUAUAUAUCGAUGUACAUAAGAGGAUACGUGUGGCUGCAGCUGCAGCUGCUUCAUCCAUGUCCAGAGCUCAGUCAAGUCAGAAGUUGAUUCAAAAGCAUGCAGGAGCUUCAAAUAAGCAAGGAACUACCCCGAAGAAGUCUGGGGAGGAUGAUCCAAAUUCGAUGAGGUUUUCAGGGAGUCCACGGGAGCCUCUUCUAGGCGGUACAAGAUCACAGUAGUUCCAGUUGGGAUAGAAGGCUACCCUUGCUGCUUCCGGCCUUUGAAUUUUCAUGCCACAGAGGUUGAGGCCAGUGGCAUUUGUGCCCUUGUUGUAUAUCAUCAUCACACAUAAAACUGUAAGUUAGGGUUUUAGUGCUUGAAAGUAAUUCUGGGUUUAAUUUUGUUGAUCUAUUCUCAGUUUCUCACUCUAAAGCUAAAGAAUUAGAGGAUAUACUUCACAUUAAGACUUGGAAAUGAGUUUCGGAAAUGGUGAAAUGUUGUGCUCUUUAAGUUG